AAAACAGUUAAUUAAGUAUAGAUAACACUUUUCAAAUUCAAAAAUCCUCAAGCUUAGCCAAUUAAAAUCAUAAUUCAGUCAUGUUGCUAAUUAUACUUACUUAUCCUGACUUUCUGUAACAUGUUGAUGCAAUCUGAUAUUUUAAUGGGAGUUGCUAGCAAGAUUAAAACUGCCCUUAAGAUCAUUUUCUUCAAAGACGCUUGUAAACGCCAAUUCAAUUCAAGAACAAAAAAUGCACCAUCACAUUGCUUUGCAAAACUGUCCUUUUGGAAAAUUUGGAAAUUUGAAGAUUUGCGACAAUAUUGCAUUAAAAUGAUUAAAAAAAAUCAUGAAGGAGGUAAUGCACAAUUUGCCGAAGAAGCCAUUAACCCAGUUGUGUUUGGACGUUUACUUGUUUGUGAAUUUGACGAAGAUGCUCAAUCAAAAUGUACCAGUUCAUUUUAUGACAAUAAUGAGAGAAAACAGUAUUUCAUAAAAUUUGAAUGGAGCAGAAGGGACACAAAACUAACAAAACAAAUGAUAUCGUGGAGAAAGUUGUGGAUGGAUUUGUCGAAUCAAAUGUGCCAAAGUUAACUUCACCUGAGACUAACAUGCCUUUACUAAGUAACAAUCAAUCUACCGUUAAACGCACAAUGGUUCAAACUACAUUUGAGAAAUGUUGCAACGAAGUUGCGAAAUGUAACCAAAACGUUUAAAACAAAUUUAGAGAAUGAGAUUGUCGCAAAAAAUAAAGAAAUUGACAAUCUUAAACAACAGGUUCACUCUUUGACAUCGGACAUUAUUUAUUAUAAAAGUAUCAAUACGACACAUUUCUCGGAAA